UCUAUUCAUACCUGGCAGUCAAGUGUGAAUCUGUUCUAAAGAAAUAUCAAGUGCUUCCGACAGUUCCCAUGGGGAAAAUGUGCACUAAUGAAAAGUGGCAGUGACAAGUGCAAGUGAUGUAAUAAAUCGUGUGCCAAGGGAGUGGAUUAUGAUAAUAAGUGAGUGGACAAAAGUUAGUUUUCAUGACACCUAGUCGUGUCAGGGUGGUGUCACGAUGCUCCAGCAUAUGGAAGGACAGGUGGAGAAGUUGAAGAAGCGAGGAUAGUAGGCCGAGUGGCUGUAGAAGUAUUAUUCCACGUCACGUACCAUCCGUGUCCCUAUCAUCCAUCAAAUUCUCCCCAAGCUGAUAGGUGUCCUCAUAAAAUACUGUGGAUUUAAUGAAAUACAUGGUUGAAGGAUUGCUUCGUGCCAUGAUGAUUCAGCGUCAUCGAUGGUGAAGCUGGGAGCAAGUAUUGGCCGGGGUGCCAUCCAUGGCCUUGAAUCAUAUUUGAAUGGUAAAUUACGGUACAUUAGCGAGGACAAGUUGAAGUGCCUUUCGAUAAGUGGAUUACCAGUGACAAAUUGACGAAAUUCGUCGAGUUUUUGGGGUAAAGUUCGUGAGAGAGGGGUGUGGGUUGAUGAUGAUGGUGAUUGGUGUGUUGAAAUGGGCGUCAGGACCCUUUGAUCGUAAAAGGGAGAAAUGAAGUUAUCAGUGUCGGCUUAUAGAGCCCAGGCCAGUGCCCACAAGAAGAUCCUCUGUAAUUAUCAGCAUCAGCUGAGCUACGGUGCCACCACCCAGGCAUCCACAGCCCGAACCACCUCAGAUCCCGCGGCCGUCCUAUCUGGCCUCAAGGUGGAUCGGGCGGAGAACGAGGAAGCCCAGGGCGGAGGUCUGGCGCAAUCCAGUCACCCUGGUGCGUCAAGUUCGAGGAUGGGUCCUGGGCUGGACUCUGGCAGCAGUGCACCAUCCUCAGUACCACAUUCACUGGCAACAUCCCACGACGACGAGGACAACGAGGACGACGAGAGCAGCAGUCGCCGACCAGGAGGAAGCAGAACAAAGAGCAACCAGCGAUGGAUGAAACUCCGCACAACCGUCCAACUGUCCUCAGCAAUAUCCACAAUCCAGAAGAAGCCACCACUCAAGCGCGAGGAUUCAUUCCUCAAGAGAUUUUCAACUAGACAAAUACCGGAGAGCCAGGAGACCCUGGACACUGGUGAAGGUGAGGGUGAUACAGCUGACGAUAAAGAUUCAUCCAGAAGACGACGUCGACAGAGAAAAGCCCAACGCCCACCCAAGACAGUUGUCAAUCCAGACGAAAACUUUUACUACUACUGGCUCAUGCUCCUCUCUGCCUGUGUACUUCAUAAUCUUUGGACUUUAAUAGUGCGACAGAGUCUCCCGGAAUUGCAAGCUAUGGCACCAGCCGCUUGGUUGGCCGCUGAUGGCUUCACCGAUCUCAUAUUUUUUCUCGAUGUUGGUGUUCAAUUCAGAACUGGCUACCUGGAGCAGGGACUCAUGGUAUACAACAACAAAAAAUUAGCUGGUCACUACCUCAAAUCCAAGUCAUUUAUUCUCGAUUUAUUGGCACUACUACCACUUGAUCUACUUCAAGUAAAUCUGGGCAGCAAUCCAAUGCUCAGAUUUCCACGUUUUCUCAAAGUUUAUCGUGUUUAUAAUUAUUACUACAUGGUUGAGUCGAGAACGGUUUAUCCCAAUUUGUGGAGAGUGUUGAAUUUAAUACACAUACUGCUGAUUCUUGCCCACUGGUUCGGAUGCUUUUAUUAUCUGCUGAGCGAGGCUGAAGGCUUUCAAGGGGACUGGGUAUAUCCGCAUAGACCUGGUGAAUACGCUACACUCACUAGGAAGUACCUGGGAUCACUUUACUGGUCCACUUUGACACUUACUACCAUCGGGGAUCUACCGACACCCGAGACCAACGCCGAAGUCACUGCGGGCGGCAAUCCCCGGAGCCUCGCUCGUCGCGGCCGACUGUCCCGGCUACUGCAGUUCAAGCAUAACGGAGGAUACGUAUUCACAAUAGUCAGCUAUCUCAUCGGGGUCUUCAUAUUUGCCACGAUCGUUGGACAAGUUGGCAAUGUCAUCACCAAUCGCAAUGCCAAUAGACUUGAAUUUGAGAGGCUGCUUGAUGGAGCUAAGACUUACAUGAGACAUCAUAAGGUGCCAGGUGGCAUGAAGAGACGUGUGCUCAGGUGGUAUGACUACAGCUGGUCCAGAGGAAGGAUCCAGGGCGGUGGGGAUAUUAAUACCGCCCUAGGUCUACUGCCGGACAAGCUGAAGACCGAGCUUGCGCUACACGUCAAUCUGUCAGUUCUCAAGAAGGUCACCAUAUUCCAGGAAUGCCAACCGGAGUUUCUACACGAUCUCGUCCUCAAGAUGAAAGCCUACAUAUUCACACCCGGAGAUUCGAUAUGCCGAAAGGGUGAAGUUGCUAGGGAGAUGUUUAUCAUUGCGGAUGGAAUACUCGAGGUGAUAAGUGAAACUGGACGGGUAUUGACAACCAUGAAAGCUGGCGACUUUUUCGGAGAAAUUGGAAUUCUCAAUCUCGAUGGACUGAAUAAGCGGACAGCUGAUGUUCGAUCAGUCGGCUACUCGGAACUCUUCAGCUUAUCGCGAGAGGACGUUUUAGCUGCGAUGAAGGACUACCCGGAGGCACAGGAGAUUCUCCAGAACCUGGGUAGAAAGCGCCUGAUGGAAGCGCAACGCGUUGCCCGUGCCUUCCGUCACGGUGUGCCAACAUCACCAGGUCACGAUUCAUCGGAUAAUAGCACCGGCAAACGCAUCGUUGAUAAGCUAAAGAGUGACGUGAAAGGCCUGAAGAAUGUUCUCCGAAAGAGUCGCCGGGUGGCACGUCCAGACGAAUCAAUGGAGUUGCAGCCACUUGCACCAAAAGUACCACCUCUCCGUAGACAGCACAAGAUUGAUGAUGAGAGAAUAGAGGAGACAUCGGCAUCGGAGCCACCGGUGUCACCACUGGGUGCUGGGCUUCCUCUUCUUGCGCGUCUUCGUCUUCUCAAGGAAAAACAGGAUCGCGAGGAGAAACGUCACCUGACGGAGACACACGCACCACCAAAUGAUGUGACACAUCCAUCAGCAGUUCAGCAGAGCCCUGCAGAUCAGCUCAAUCCAGCUAAUCCAAAUCUUCCACUACUGCAGAGGAUAUUGCUCCUGAAAAACAAGACAGAGUCGGAGCCGGUGGUCGAUAAGGAAGCGCCAGCGAAAGAGCCACUGCUAACGAGAAAAUCCAGUGGUGAGGGUACGCAGAUUGCAAAGUUACCAGUUGAUACCACCAAAAGCUCGCCGGUAUCAAUGGAGAAUGGUAACUAUGGUAGCACCAAAAAGCCCUGGGUAAUGCUGAAAAAUGCCUCGUUGACGGCCAGGGAAUCUGCUGUCUCUUCACCGCAGAUGGUUAGCCCACAGAGGAGAAUGCAGAUCAGACAGACACUCGUGCAGAUCCGACAGCAGACCAAAAUGUAUGCGUCUGUUGAUGAUCUAUCCCCUGAAUACUGUGGGCUGCCUUUUGUUAAGAAACUCAAGAUUCUUAAUGAGAGGCAGAAACUUGCCGAGCUGGAGAAGGCGGUCAGGAGCUCCAGUUUGGAUUGCGGGGAAAAUAAUGAGGGGGGAUUCAAUGGCAGCCUCACUAGGAGUCACUCUGAAGCCUGUGCCAUUGAGUAUGCCAGGAAAUUAGCUAGGUUCAAUAAGGAGCACCCCAAUUCGCAAUCACCCUCCGAUCCCCUCUCACCGGAGAACGAGACCCUGGAGAGACGAAAUCUGAAGAGCAUCCUAAAGAAAUUAUCAUUGGGAAGUAGAGCUGGAAGUACAGACGCAUCGACUGGCACAAGUACACCCGAUCCAGACGUAGUGAGUGAUGAGUUGAGAAAACUCAUGAGGGCACAAACAAUCGAGGGCUACGCCGCAAGGCAUUCUAAAUUAUCAAAAAGUGUUACUUUCAAUAAGUAUACAUUGCAGAGCCCUCCAUCGGAGCAAUUGACAAUGGAGCACUGCGUCGAGGAGAAGUUGUCGUUAUCACAGGGACAAACCCCACUGCCACCGCCCAAUAAAAUUAGUUUCCGUCCUCUUGGCACUGGGGGAAUACUGCAAAUGGUAACGAGAAACAGUGACGAUGAGUAUCUUGGCGAUUUGGUGACUGGCAUUCGAGAAGUCAUACAAAAACGUUUGGAGGGCAUCCAGAAGAAAUUCGAGCACCAAUUCACAUCCCUCGAAUUGGAGAUACGAAAGAGGGAUGAGAUAAUAUCCCAACUGCAAAGUAGAAUUCAGGAAUUGGAGCAGAGGGAGUUGCCAGGGGAUGAUUCGUGCGAGGACAGUACAGAGCCAGACGUAUCGAUGGAGGAGGACGCUGUGGAGGAUGGUGAAGAUCAUCCAUUCAUGAGAGAUAGCUCUGUGGACACUGUCCUGGGUAGUUCAAGGCCAAGACUGAGGCGAUCCUCCACUGUCACGGAGAGUUCUCGCCAUCGUCGAUCAUGGGAGGAACACUCCGAGGAGGAGACCCUCCAGCUCCAAGAUCUUCCCCGUUCAAUUUCUCCCCAAAACAUCUGGAAAGACGAAGUGGCUAUCGAAUUAGAAUCCAACAGCGAUGAUAGCAAAUCAGAGGAGGAGGUUGAUGUUCCAGGGAGGCGAAGAAGUGCUGAUGAUUAUGCUGAUGAUGCACCUGGACAUAACACCUGGGAGGUGACAAUGCUCGCUCAGGAAUUAGAAAGCAGACGACGUAACAGCGAGGGCUCAAGUCCUGGCUCCUAGCGCAUUAACGAAAUUCUCCAACUGCUGUGUUAUUAUAAAAGGGGAAUGGACUCGAGACGAAGGGCUGGAAAAGCACCAAGAAAGAGUGUCGGUGGAAGUACAAGUAUCAAUGACGACGAGUGUCCAUUUCCCGGUGUCUCGUGUUUCAAUGGUUGCAAUGAAACAAUGAUGUGAGAUGCCUGCAAACACUGUCUCAUUAUCUCUGUUAGUUAUGUUAUUCUGUUGUUUUUAUCUGAUGAAUUUAUAUCGUUUUUCAAAGUCAAAUCAUUGAUAAUUAAAUGCACAAUCGUGACUGGAUAGAUUAAUCAAUCAAUCUCGAGAUACUUAGGGUAGAUUUGUAGGUAUUUUUUAUUUAUAAUCCAAUUAUUGAUAAUUGCGUUUCAUACGGUAUGUGGGAUAAUGCGAAUUUUCAUAGAGUAUUAUGUGUGAACGGGUGGGACCUCCUCAGGGUGGAGUUGUUAUAAUCGUUGUCAUUGUCGACUGUAAAUACUCACAGGUGCCUGAGCGAACAGUAUACUUGGGGUAAAAUUGAAACAUUGAGGUUUCUGUGCAAAUCGUUUUGUUUAUAGUGGGACGACAAAUAUAGAGGAAUUCAGUUGUUUCAUUCAUGUUGCAAUCAUUUCAGCUGCUGUCAAGGGAAUAUUAUUGAAAAAUCAACUCACUCAUUCACUCUGAGAAUCUAGAACAUGAAAAAACACUGAAAACGCUAAUUAUACUAUUAUUUGUGUGUGAGUGGAUAACACGAAUUUAUGGUUAAUCAAUUAUUUCGAGAAGUUAGAUGCAGUGAAGAGCCGGUGAACGAUAAGAUUUUUGUAUUUUCGAGUAUUGAAUUAUUUGUGAUUCAAUCUGGAAAUCAAUAUUGAGGUAAUGAGGAACUCGUUGAGAGUUUUCAGAGUGGGAGGGGAUCAUUCCGACCAAAGUCUCGUAAAGUAUGUUCAUAGGUAAUUAAAUAAGAUCUGAAAAGCGGUAGAGACUCAUUGGUACGAGUUAAUUCGACAAGUUACUUCCGUUUAAAGUUUCGUUGAAGGGAUAAGUGGAAAGUGGAGUAGCAGUAUUAUUGUUGGAAAUUCCGGGAAAUUGUUUGACAAACACAAAGAGCAACUAUAAUUUAUUUCAAUUAUAAAGAAGAAAAAUAUAAAUGCACUUGAUGAAUAUAUUUAUUGAAUACUGACCAGACCAAGCUCAAUAUUUCUAGAGUCUUUACAAGAGAAUGUCUCGUAUAAGUGCGUGUGAAUGGAAAUAACUUGCCGAUGAGCGUAAAUAAUAAAAGUGUGAAUUUAAACAUUGAUGAGAACAAUUGAUGAAACAUUGUAAAUAUUAGAGUACGAUUAAUUUAUUUAUGAAAAAAUGGGGGUUCGAGAGACUCAUCACGUGUGUAAUUGAGGGGAAUGAAAGUUGAUGAGGGGGUGAUGAAAAUUUCUGAGGGAACCGUCUAUGAAAGUGGAAAAUGUGUAUGUAAUU